UCACAGAGGCAGCAGUCUUCAAACAUGGCAGCAGUUAAAGCAUGCAAAAUCCUGAUCACAGGAGCCAACCGGGGCUUGGGCUUAGAAAUGGUGAAGCAGCUUUCUGAGAAUUCUUGUCCAAAGCAUAUUUUUGCUACAUGCCGUGACCCAGAUGGGCCAAAAUCUGCGGCACUAAGAGAGCUGGCGAAAAAGCAUCCCAAUUUGAUUACAAUCAUCCGUCUUGAUGCUGAUGAUCCAUGCAGUAUCAAGGAGUCUGCCAAAAAAGUGGGUUCUUUAGUGGGAGCAAAUGGUUUGAACCUACUUGUAAAUAACGCUGCAAUCGUGGCAAAUGGCACCAUUCAGACCAGCAGUGUUGAGGACCUGAAAAACACCUUCAACACCAAUGUGAUAGGACCCUUAUUGAUUAUUAGGGAGUACAGACCAUAUCUACAAAUAGCAGCCAAAGCCAGUGGGACACCAGGCAUGUCCAGUAAAAAAGCAGCGAUCAUCAAUAUCUCCACCGUGGCGGCUUCCAUGACCAGAAUGCCUCCCAUAUACAGCCACUUCCAAACCUUGCCAUAUGCUGUGUCUAAGGCAGGAUUUAACAUGCUGACUGUUUUGGCUGCUGAGGAGGUAAAGACAGAUGAGAUCCUCUGCAUGGCGCUUCAUCCAGGAUGGGUGAAGACUGAUCUGGGUGGACAAGAUGCGACACUUGAACCAAAUGAAAGUGUGGAGGGGAUGCUGAAAGUCAUCGGUGGUCUUACUGAGAAGCAGCAUGGUGGAUUUCUGGACUACACUGGAGCAACUGUGACCUGGUAAACCAGAAGAA